AUGGAGUCCGAGCUGGGGGGGAAGGCGCGGGGCCUCUGGAAACGGCCUGUGAGCUGCGAAGAGCUCCUGCCUCGCGCGUUCACCGCGGGAAGGUCAAGUGUCAGAGCAUUGGUAGCCUUAUAUGAAGAGCCAGAGAAACCAAAUAGUGCACUGGACUUUCUAAAGCAUCAUCUGGGAGCUUCAGCUCCUGAUAAUCCAGAAAUAGAAGCACUUCGCUUGAAAGUGGCAGAGAUGAAAGAAAAAUACGAAGCUGUGCUGGAAGAAAAUAAAAAACUGAAAACCAAGCUGGCUCAGUAUGAACUGCCUCAAGAUGAGAAGCAUGGUGAAUAAUAGUAGUUUUUCCUUUAAUGCCUUGACUUAAUAAAGGGCUUCAUGAGAA